AUGUCCCUAAGGGGGAAGGAGGCCACAAAGCCGCCCGCUAAGUCCCUGAGGGUGAAGGAGGCCACCAAGCCGCCCGCUAAGUCCCUGAGGGUGAAGGAGGCCACCAAGCCGCCCGCUAAGUCCCUGAGGGUGAAGGAGGCCAUGAUGUCACUUGCUCGGUCCCUGACGGUGGAGGAGGCCCUGGAUCUGCUGAGCAAGGUCUGGCCUGGGAAUGAGAUGAAGGCAACAGUGAGGCACACGAGGAAUGCCAUCGCGGUUACCGGCUUCCUGAUGGCUAUUGGGGGCCUGGCCAUUGGCCCGCCGGGACUGGCCGUUGGGGGCGCCGUCGGGGGACUUAUAGGGGCCUAUAUGUCCUGGGGGAAGUUUAAGUCUGUCCCUCAGAUGCUCAAGGAGCUGCCGCCAGCCGAGAAGGAGAAGCUACGCUGCCAGGUCUCAGACAUCCUCACGGACCUGAAGUGGACGGACAUCAAGGAACUGACUAAGCAGGUCAUGGCCAACAAGGCCGUGCAGGAGAAGCUGCUGAAGCUGACCCUGAGCUUCGUCACCCACAAGAUGGGAAACGCCUAA